AUGUCAUUCCACAUGGAACAAGAUAAAUUUUUUACCCCCACCCAGGAGAUCCCGGGCUCCCUGUUAGAGAAGUUGUCCAGUCAGAAAGUCGCUACCAGAUCCUGGCAGAAGCAGACAGAAGAGCAGAAGCAGGCAGUCGAAAGAGUGAGAAAUAAACUGAGAGGUGGGAGCCAGAGAGAACUAGGCUGCCAAAAUUAUCUGAUCGUGUUCCCCCUGGUUGUGAUGAUCGUGCAGCUAGACCCCUGCUCCUCCAAAGUCCUCAACCACUUCAUCUGUGAUUCUUCCCCCAUAAUGUUGCUUUCUUGUAUCUUCACGUACAUCACACUGUCCGCCAAGGACAGGGUGGAAUUGAACAAGGGGGUGGCGGUUCUCAACACUUCUGUGGCUCCCAUUCUGAACUCCUUCAUUUACAUGCUGCGGAACGAGCAGGUCAAGCAGGCCGUCAGGGACUUGUUCAAUGAGUUGGGUUUUCCUCCAGGAUGUAGUCUCAGUGCAUGGCAGAUCGUCCAGAUCACACUGACGGUCCUCUUGGCGUUAUCCAACAGGAGUCACCAGUCAACCAUGUGGAACUACAAGCCAGUCACUGACUUCUUCCUCCUGGAGCCCACGACCGACCUGAAUUUACAGGCGGUGAUUCUCCUUUGUAUGUCUGUCACCUAUGUAAUGAACGUCACCAGCAACUUGACCAUCGUCAACUUCACCCUAAUGAAUUCCCGCCUCCGCACCCCCAUGUACUUCUUCCUGCGCUGCUUCUCCUUCCUAGAAAUCUGCUUCACGUACACCUGCAUCCCCAGCUUCCUGGCCACCACUGUCACCGUGGACAGGACCAUUUCUUACAACUGUUGUGCAACUCAGCUAUUCUUCUUCAUCCUGCUGAGGGCGACCGAGUUCUUCCUCCUUGCCGCCAUGUCCUAUGACUGCUAUGUCUCCACCUGCCGGCCGCAGCACCACACAACUGUUAUGAGCCAAAGAGUCGGCACCCUGCUGGCCCUUUGUUCCUGUCUCACCGGGUUCAUGGUCAUCUUUCCUCUGGUCAUCCUUGGUCUCCAACUGGACUUCUGUGGCUCCAUAAUCAUUGACCACUUCUUCUGUGACAUCUCCCCUCUGUUCCUGCUCUCGUGCUUGGACACCUGGUUCCUGGAGAUGAUGGCUCUUGUCUUGGCCGUGGGGACUCUCCUGUUCACCCUGACAUUAGUGACCUCGUCCUACAUGGCCAUGUCCCGUGCCAUCCUGAGACUGCCCUCCACCCAGCAGAGGAGAAAGGCCUUUUCCACAUGCUCCUCCCACAUAGUCGUGAUCUCCAACAUAUACGGCAGCUGCAUCUUAAUGUAUAUCAAACCAUCUGCCAAGAAAAGGGUGGAACUGAUCAAGGGGGUGGCGGUGCUUAACACAUCCUUGGCCCCCAUGCUGAACUCCUUCAUCUACACCUUGUCGAACCAGCUGGUCAGGCAGGCCUUCCAGGGCAUGGUGCACCAGGUUGUAUUUUCCUCCAGGAGGUGA